UCUACUAGUCUUACUGGGUUUAGUGUCCUAGCAAUUCCGAUUCCGAGCAAUCAAGAGGCACAGAAACAUGUUAACCUCAUCACGGUCGUCCGAUAUGGAACACCUUCGAGGCAGACUAGUCUUCGUUGCCGGCGGCUCGACCGGACUUGGCAAGGCCAUCGCCAUAAGCUUGGCCGCCAGAGGAGCUGAUGUCACCGUCUUCGCUCGGAGGCAGGAAGUGCUCGACGAGGCACGCGUCGAGAUCGACAAGGCCACCAUAUUUCGCGACCAAGAGAUCCGUACCGUGUCGCUGGACCUGUCAGAUGCCUCGCAGUGCGAACGUGUCUUCGAGGCCCAGCCGCGGCUCCCCGACGAUCUGUUCUGCGUCGCCGGCGGUUGCGUCCCCGAGCUGGGCUUCUUCGCCGACGUUCCCGCCACGGCUCUCGACAGCUGCAUGAGAAAGAACUACUUCACCAGCGCGUACCCGGCCCACGCGCUGCUCCGGCUCUGGACGCGCGACGACCGCCGUCGGAACGCCCCUUCUUCUUCUUCUUCUCCUCCGGCCGCGGCGCAAGGGCAAGAGCCGAAGCCGAAGCCCAAGUUGCGGCGGCUCGCUUUCGUCAGCAGCGCUGCCGCCCUUGCCAAUGUUCCUGGCUACAUAGCAUACACGCCCGCGAAAUGCGCGCAGCGCGCUCUGGCCGACACGCUACGGCAGGAGGCCGCUAUUUACUCGAACGCGGCCUCCCGAUACACGAUACACUGCGCCUUCCCGGCCACGGUGCUCACGGACACCUUCUUCGAGGAGCAGAAGAACAAGCCGGCCGUCACGAAGCGGAUGGAGUCGACCGACGGCGCCGAGGAAGAGCUGCGCGCCAAGUACCCGUCGGCCCAUGACGUGGCCGAGGCCAUUGUGCGCGCGACCGCGGAUCGCCCGGGGGGCGGCGACUUCUGCGUCUGCACCGACUUCAUCACCUCGGUCCUGUGGAGCGGCAUGACGGGCCCCAGCCCCAAGAGGGGCUGGGGCAUCUUGGACUCCCUCCUGGGCUUCAUCUCGGUCCUUUUCGUCUGGCCCAUCUUGAGGUUGUCGUGGGACUCUACAUGUGCCGAGGCCGGUAGGUCUAGAGAUAAAGAGGAGGGUUCGAGUGGGAAUUCCAGAGUUUAGAUAGGUAAUCUUAUCCAAGCUGUUUAUGUUGCGUGCUGAGCACCAGAAGGAUCCCCAUGCAGGAAUCUCACAACUUCGGGUCAAUUAGCUGCCUCGGUCCUAUCGCGGGUCAUCACAUGGCUCCUUCCGCCUGAGAAGUGCA